UGAUGCGUCACAGCUCUGGCUGAUAGGGGGAGACAAAGAAAGGACUAAAAUAGCGCCGAACCUGUGGGUAAAUGUGCACCAAUGGCCACAGAGUCAUUCGUGGUCUCAGAGCGGAGCAGAAAAGUGCCACAGGUGAUAGAAGGCAUGAGCACAAGGAUGAGAGAGUUUGUGCGUCCCGCACAAUGAGCUGCCAAUAAGUGACAACGCCAGAAAUGUCUCAAAACUAAAUUGCAAUGUAAGAAUUGAGGCAGAAACUCCUGCAGGGUGCAGCAAAUUCUACGAUCACACCGCGUCACUUUCUUUGGGAGAUCAUGAAACAGCAUCGGAUGUGGCUGAACCGAGGACAAGUUGAGGAAGCUGAAAGAAGUCAUCGUUACCGACGAAGCUGCCAAGUUCCUCUGCGCCUCUCCCUUUACGCACAUCAGGGGAGGUGAAGAUGGAGAGCAUUACAUCAAUGUAGAGGAAACACCAAUGAAUCACACGAGGUGUUGACAGAACGGCAGCAGACGGGAGAAGCACAACUGCAAUUCAGAAUCUACAAAUAUUUUUUAAUUAAUUAAAAAAAAAAAAAAAAAAAGCACACCAUGGAUGGAGAAGGGGGAUCGUUAGGGCUGGCCAAAUCAGCCGCCCUGAAACUGUCCGAGAUGGGCGAAAGAACCAAGCAGUUAGGCACCGCCAUGAGGGAUCCAGACCGGCAGAGACGGAUCAUCUUAGUGAUUGUUUGUGUGGCUCUCCUGCUGGACAAUAUGCUCUACAUGGUAAUCGUGCCAAUUAUUCCAGAUUAUCUCGCUGAUCUGGAAAGUGAGCAGUCAGAGCACGUCCACGUAGUGAUGCACCCGAACACUUCAGCCAACAGCACAAGUCAAGACAAAAGCAACAAGGACAAUUUAGAUGUCCAAAUAGGGGUACUUUUUGCAUCUAAAGCCAUCCUCCAGCUCUUAGUUAACCCGCUGUCGGGAACUUUCAUAGACCGGGUGGGAUAUGACAUUCCUCUUUUAAUUGGACUGACGGUCAUGUUCUUGUCUACCUGCAUAUUUGCUUUUGGGGAGAAUUACGCCACGCUGUUCGCGGCCAGAAGCCUGCAGGGUCUGGGCUCCGCUUUCGCGGACACAUCUGGGAUCGCGAUGAUCGCAGACAAAUACACGGAGGAGGCGGAGAGGAGCCGGGCGCUCGGCAUCGCGCUGGCGUUCAUCUCGUUCGGGAGUUUGGUGGCGCCUCCCUUCGGGGGGGUCCUGUACGAGUUUGCGGGUAAACGGGUGCCCUUCAUCGUGCUCGCCUCCAUUUGCCUGGUGGACGGCUUUCUGGUCCUGAUUGUAAUCAAGCCCUUCUCCAACAGGACUAGAGAGAACAUGCCGGUCGGCACCCCCAUAUACAGACUCAUGGUCGACCCUUACAUUGUUGUGGUGGCCGGGGCGCUCACGGUCGCCAACAUCCCGCUUGCCUUUCUAGAGCCCACCAUAGCCAACUGGAUGGAGACCACCAUGCACUCCUCGCAGUGGGAGAUGGGACUGACCUGGCUCCCAGCCUUUUUCCCUCACGUCUUCGGAGUCUAUAUAACAGUCAAACUGGCGGCCAAACAUCCAGAUUUGCAGUGGUUCUACGGAGCAUUGGGCAUGGUUAUCAUUGGUGCGAGCUCAUGCACGAUUCCCGCAUGCAAAACUUUCGGGCAACUCAUCGCCCCGCUGUGCGGCAUCUGUUUCGGCAUCGCGCUGGUCGACACGGCGCUUCUUCCCACUCUUGCGUUUUUGGUUGACGUGCGUCACGUUUCCGUGUACGGCAGCGUGUAUGCUAUAGCUGAUAUUUCCUAUUCCGUCGCCUACGCCAUGGGUCCCAUAGUAGCCGGGCAGAUAGUUCACAAUCUCGGUUUUGUGCAACUUAAUUUGGGAAUGGGCCUCGUCAAUGUGCUUUACGCACCAGCCCUGCUGCUGCUGCGCAACAUGUGCCAAAUGAAACCGUCCUUCUCAGAGAGAGAUAACCUGCUAGAUGAAGCUCCGCAGGGGUUGUAUGAUACUAUCAAAAUGGAAGAGAGGAGAGGUAAAAAGAAGUGCUACAGUUCGGCGGGGAAUUGCCUGCCAGUAGACGAAAACGGGUUCGACCCGUUCAAAGCACAGCGGUCCGUGUCGGUCGAGUCGUCCGGUCCGGAGUUCACUUAGACCAUCACGCACAGCAUUCCACUGAGGAGUUCUGCAGCCUCAGGUCCUCACAUAGGGAUUUGAACUUUUAUUUAAGAACCGAUGUGCAAUAUAAACACCUUGUCACUAAAAUCAUGAUUGUGUGACCCGUUUUUCAAAGUUUCUUUCUUUGGUGAUUUCUUUUUACUCUGUGGUUUCAUUGUGUCAAGCGAGUCUAUACGUGGCGUUUGUCUGGAUGUAUAACUGGAGUUUUGUGAGCGAUUUAUCAACAAUUAUUGAACUUCUGUGUAUUACUGAAUAUAAGAAAAAAUAAUAAAUAAAUAAAUGUGCGCACAGGAAUAUGUGGGACCAAUUAUAAAGAGCACAUUUCCCCCCUUACAUAAAAUAGCCUAUAUUUUAGAGAAAACUAUUUUACUUGCACAUGAAAUUAUUCUGUGUUUUUUUCUUUUGGUUUAAAUCUCGUGAAACUAUCUAUUUUAACUGUGUGGGCCUGUCUGUAUUUUUACUUAUUUUGAUUAUUAACAAUGCUUUACUUAUUUGAAAGUGUUGUAUAAUAAAUGGAUUUGUACAUAUGCACAACGUAAAUGGUUUACCGCGAUAAAAUGUGUGUGUGUGUGUGUGUGUGUGUGUGUGUGUGUGUGUGUGUGUGUGUGUGUGUGUGUGUGUGUGUGUGUGUGUGUGUGUGUGUGUGUGUGUGUGUGUGUGUGUGUGUGUGUGUGUGUGUGGGGUACCUUUUGUGAAGACAUAGCCACUGAAGUCAGUCUCCUUAUGA